GGAACUCGUUUGCAUAAAAAUCAAGCCAGAGCAACGACGUCAAGCCAACACCAUGCACGGUCUCAGAAUGCUGUUGGUGCAGCACGAGGAUGCUCCAGAUCAGCUCCGACAAGUAACUUGGCCACCGCGCUCACAGAUCCAGCAACGAGCUUCUUCAAGGAAGUGGAGAAGGACAAAAAGUGG